CAACACCUUUGCGAACAUUAUGAACAACGGAGGAGGCGACUGGUACCUUCCAACAUUCAUUUCGGAAGCUGCAACUAAAGGGAAAGAUAUGAAAACAUCAUAUGACAAGUGGAUUGACCAUGUAUCUACUGUUAGCCGCAUGUACAGGUUCAUUGGAAAAUUUGAAGAUUGCAUUAGGAUUUUUGUUCCAAUCAAUGAGCCUAAAGAGAAUGGGGAUCUUGGCCACUGGUACUUGCUUAUUAUUCAUGUCAAGCAACGAUAUAUGGAAUUACUUGAUAGUGCCUCGUCAGACAGUACGUUGCUUCCAAGACGCCGUGCCGCAAAAGCCGUGGUGGAUCUUCUGGACAACAUACUACUAAAUGACAUUGUAAACUUCAUGGUGCCUCUGUCGAUGAUGUCUGAAUUUCCUUGGACAUAUGAUCCAAAGGCACUGCUUCAGCCGAAUGGUGCAGACUAUGGUGUGUUUACCAUAAACAAUAUGGAGGAUCCACAAGGACCAUGGGGUGAACAGUAUGAUUCAGACAAGGAGCGAGCAAAGUUGAUCAUUAAACUGCUAAUGCAUCCGAAAAAUGAGGUUGUUGAUCUGCAUGACAAGGUGGAAAGGUCACUUCUCCGAUGGAAAGGAAGAAGGGACAGUACGGUCAAAAUGGCUGAAGAGAAAAAACAACAGCAAAAAAAACAAAAUCUAAACCACGGGGGAACAGAACCAGGUAAAGGCGCAACAUUGAAAGAGCCAAUUAAUAUCCAGGAUACAUCACUUGUUAAAAUUUCAUCGGACGAUACAAGUUGCCUCCACACCAAAAAGAGGGGGAGGAAGAAAUGAUCUCGUUAGUUCAAUUGAAAGGUUUAUGGGGAGGAGUUAUACAGUUUGAUGGAUUACUUUUUGUUACCAGGUGAAUCCAGAUCAAAAAAGAUGGUGCAAGUAUGCGGUGCCCCCCCUUCCCCAAACAAUGAUAGUGUUAAAUAUCCUUACUUUGCGGGGAUUAUUAUUCGAUUUUGGAGAUAAUUUUGUUUGGGUAAUCACUCUAGGCCCCCUACUGGCUAUGUU